AUGCAAGACGCCGCGCCCGCCGGUAGCGCCGUCGCCUUCGCUCUCAUCUAUCUCACGUUCUUCCUCGACAACGUGCUGCUCACUGUUCUCGUACCGAUCAUCCCCGACUGGAUCCGUGGCGAGUCCGUGGCGCUGUGGGCGGAGCGGGACGCGCCGCUCGCCGGUCUUCUCAACCACACCGUGCAUCGCAUCACGCACGAACACCACGACGCCAACGGUAUCAGGUCGGGUGGCUCCCAGGCUGUGGUGGGGCUGGUGCUGGGCGCGAAGGCGGCGGCGCAGCUGGUGACGGCCCCGCUGGCGGGCGCGGCCGUCUCCCGCCGCGGCGCCGCGCCCGUGCUCAGGGCGGCCACCGCGGCUCUCGCGUUAGCGGCCCUCGGUAAUCAAUGUAAACAGAUUACAAGCCUGAUGAGCCCGGUCAGACGGUCGGUGGUGGCGUGGAUGGAUGACCGUGGUCAAUAUAAUUUGAUGAGUAGUGGCGGCGCAGGGUUGUCGGUGUGCAGCGGGUGCGCGGGCGCUGCGGCGGCGCUGUGCGUGGGCGGCGCGCGCGCGACGCACGGCGCAGGCGCGGCGCUGGGCGGCGUCGCGGGGCUGGCGCUGGCCGCGCGCGCUCUGCCCGCCCACAGCCGCCACCGCGGCAUCGGCGCACUGCUCGGGGCCGUCGCUCUGGGUGUGCUCGUGGGGUAUCCGUUCGGCGGCGCUACGUACGCGCUGUGGAGUCGCGGGGCGCCGUUCCUCUUCCUCGCCGCGGCUCUGCUCGCCGACCUCGGUAUGGCGCUCGCGGCGUACCCUUUUGCUUUCUGUUGUCAUUAUGAAUCGUUACGAGAUGUGGAAAAGCACACUUCUCUCAUCUGUCCUUCAUCUCUACAGCCACUUUCGGAUGGCUACGUGGACGGCCCCGUGUCCCCAGUGGGUAUGCUGGAGGUGGCUCAACGGGGCGCGACCGCAGCUUGCGCAGGUUGUGUGCUUCUCACCACCUGUGUGAUGGCGGCGCUCGAGCCUUGUCUACCGCUGUGGCUCGAGAAAAAGUUUCAUCCUGCGCGCUGGCAAACCGGCGUCGUGUUCGUGCCAGACAGCGUCGGGUACCUACUCGCAGCGAGCGGAGGAGGUCUCGCCAGGAGAAUUGGUGCUGAACGCGUAGCGCUCACUGGACAGGUAUCAAGCUCUAGCAAUCUAAACGACCGCGCGGUGUGUGUGCAGGUGGCGGUAGGCGCGGCGGCUCUGAGCGUGCCGCUGGCGCGGUCGGUGGUGGGGUUGGCGCUGCCGCACCUGGUGCUGGGCCUAGGGCUGGGAGCGGCAGACGCAGCGCUGGUGCCCGCGCUGCUGGCGCGCGGUGGACGUCGUGCGCCAGCGCUGGCCGCGCUAUUGCAAGCGGCGAGCGCAGCGGCCUACGCGCUGGGCCCGGUGCUGGGGGGGCUGUUGGCCGCUGCGGCCGGCUUCGAGGCCGCGCUGCGCACCGCUGCCGCGCUCAAUCUGCUGUACGCUGCCUAUCUUUACACGCGACUGUGCGCAUACCCGAUAUCGGAACAGUGGGGCGCCAGCUCAGACGGAGCGCUGGACAGUGACGAUGACACCAGCGAUGACAUCCCGCACACGGAGAUGACUCCGCUUGCGCCGCUCGCCCAGCUCAAGUCCGCACAAUACAAACCACACGAGUAA